GAUCUCUUCUCUUCAACAUUAUUUUGAGUAGUCAAUUGUAUGACAAGGCAGGAACAACGUAGGAAAUCCAGAACUUGGUACCUUGGGCGUCCUUUCCUGAAACAAAGCAUAGUUGUCGAUCAAUUCUGGUGUGGGUAUUGCUGAAGUGACAAGUGCGACAUGGGAGGGUUCUUUUCCGGCCUCUUCCAGAGUCUGUGGGGGGCAAAAGAGCUCCGUGUUCUAAUUCUGGGCUUGGAUGGAGCAGGAAAGACGACUAUCCUAUACAGAUUACAAAUAGGGGAGGUGGUAACAACAAUACCAACUAUUGGAUUCAAUGUGGAGAGUGUCACGUACAAUAAUCUAAAAUUCCAAGUUUGGGAUCUCGGAGGUCAAACAAGUAUUCGGCCCUACUGGCGAUGCUACUAUGCUAACACCGACGCAGUUAUCUACGUAGUGGACAGCGCAGAUCGGGAUCGCAUGGGUAUCUCCAAGAACGAGUUAAUAUCUAUGCUAGAGGAAGAGGAACUGAAGAAAGCGAUACUUUUGGUCUUUGCCAACAAACAGGAUCUGGAGGGUGCGCUAACCCCCGCUGAGGUAUCCCGUGAGCUGGGCCUCUCAGCGUUGAAGAGCAGAACGUGGCAGAUCUUCAAGACGUCAGCUACGCAGGGUGCUGGUCUGGAGGAGGCUAUGGAAUGGUUAACAAAUGCUCUCAAGACACGGCAGUGAUACAAUGUGUCUGUGUUCACCAUCCACACUCCACCCAACCCAAGACCCCGUCGCAUAUGGCAAUCCCAACAUACAGCUAGCCACCCUGCCUCCAGCUUGUCUGCAGGUCCGUUGUCUAGCACCUUCUCAAAUGGCAUUGUUGAGAAUGUGCCAGGGGCUAUUUAUCUACGAUCUGACACGCAUGUCGGCUGUCGCUUACUCCAAGGGAACCCCCCCCCCCCCCCCCCCGCCCGCCGUUUGAUCUCUGCUGCUUGUACAUUGCUUGCUUUUUUCUGCCCACGCUUUCUAUUUACCCAUACAGUUAUACAGAUAUAAUGUUCUGGAGGCCAGUGCUGUGUACUGGAGAGGGCUGACCUGUCACCCCGAUAGCCUUUUUUUCAGGCUGUGAACCACUGGCCCCAGUCUGCUGUUCCCACUCAUCUAUUUUGUUUUCUUAUCCGAAUUUCCGUGCAGUGCGCCCGUCUCGCUAUCUGCCCAUAGCGCACAAUGCCCAUCUCGCGCAAUCAGCUGCUGUACAUAUGCAGAGGUCCGAAUGCACUCUUUUUUAGUCCUAGUUACGCACGAUUGUGGUGAUGAUCACUGCAUAUCUGGAUCUCAACAUAUUCGUAUUAUUGUAAAUAUCGUUUUAGUUUCUGGUCUCAAGUAAGUUUGUUUUGUCAAGCUGCUGGGUUCAGAUGAGUUUGUAUUCUAUAAUUUCUAGCAUUGAUUAGAUGUCGCGCUUGCACUAUUAUCGCAUUGGAUGUGGAAUUGACUAAUGA